AUGGAAGUAUUCGACGCCGUGAGACAACGUCUAGACUUGCGUCUUCGACUAAUCAUUGAUCUGGAGCAUGUAUGCAAUCUUUUGUUAGUUCAGUGA